ACAACUUGCCCUCGAACAGUGUGGCAUCAAAGGCAGCUGCCUUGACAUGACCGUGGCGGUUUCUGUUGCCACCGGAAGUGCCUCUGCGAGCAACCGCCGCUGCCACAAUCUGAGCUCGUCCUCAUUGUUGUGGUUACGGCGGUGACACUUCCCUGAAACAUGGCGUCUGCUCCUCACAACCACAGAGAACCUAGCGGGACGUACACCUUCUCCAGCCGACCCCGGGCCGUUGAGACCCGCAGCAAAUUCAAAGAAGCUCCGGAUGAACAGACACACAGUAGCUAUGGAAACAUUAUGUAUGACCGUCGUGUUGUCCGAGGAAAUACUUAUGCUCACCACAUCAUACCAACCACAGCUCAGCCAGACCCUGCUGAACUACAGAGACAGCAGCACAUCCGGCGGAGAGCUGUCGCUCUAAAGAGAGCUCAAGAGCAGAGCAGACCCAAGACUCCUGAAGCUGUGCAGGGCAGAAAACACACUGAUGUACAAACAGAUCUUUAUCUUGAAGAACUGAGUGAUGUUAUAGUGACCACAGAUAUUGAGUGUCAGACUGAUGCUUUCCUGGACAGACCAGCAUCCCCACUCUUCAUACCCGCCAAAUCUGGAAAAGAUGCUGCAACACAGAUAGAGGAGGGAGAGUUGUUUGACUUUGACAGGGAGGUACAGCCCGUGCUGGAGGUGCUGGUGGGUAAGACAAUCGAGCAGUCUCUGCUGGAGGUGAUGGAGGAGGAGGAGCUGGCCUAUCUGAAGGCCCAGCAGAAGGCUUUCCAAGAGCUCCGGAAUAACAGGCUGGCAGAAGUGCAGCGCCUUCAGGAGCAGGAGAGACGCCACAGUGAAGAAAAAGAACGUAGGAUUGCACAGCAGAAGGCGGUGCUGGAGAAAGAAAGAGAGACUGCAGAGAAGAUUGCCGCCCGGGCGUAUACGCAGCAGUACCUGGCUGACCUUCUACCUGCAGCCUUCACCUCGCUCAGAAACCAUGGCUACUUUUACGACCCCGUGGAGAGAGAUAUUGAAACAUCUUUCCUACCAUGGCUAAUGAAUGAGGUCAACAACAGUUUGGAAAAGAGAUGCGCAGCUAGACAGCUUCUGGACAAUAUCAUAUAUGAUGUCGCCCAGAAGAGACUGGAGGAGUUCAACGACCUGGAGACACAACCAGACGAAUCUGACGUAUAACAUGAAAAGACUCUGCGAUGAUUCAAUGGCAUGAAACUUUCAUUAAAAUACAUUUCUACUUGUAAAA